GCCCUCAUCGGUUCUUUCUGGUUUCUCACUUCUCCUUUCAAGUCUUAAAUUCCUCGUUUGGCUUUGCGUUAAUUGUCUUUUUUCCGUGUUCUUUUCACGAACUGGCUAACACACAGGAUCCAAUUCUGGAGGGAGAUUACAAGAACCAAGAGGUGGUUCUUGCCUUUUAUGACGCCCUAAAGGCUCGAGACGUGGACAAGGUUCACCAGAUUCUAGCUCCGGACCUAGAGUGGUGGUUCCAUGGUCCCCCGACUCACCAGUUUAUGGUGCGCCUGCUGACUGGAGCCUCAUCGGACGAUUCCUUCAAAUUUGAUCCUCUUUCUCUCAAUACCUUCGGGUCCACCGUCAUCGCCGAGGGCUGCGACUCAAGCGGGUCCAUUUCCUGGGUUCACGCCUGGACCGUAACGGAUGGGAUAAUUACUCAGGUGAGGGAGUACUUCAACACUUCUCUCACGGUUACCCGCCUCGGAAACCCAAAUCAAUCUCCGCCGUCCGCUUAUAACAAACCGUCGUCAUCCACGGCUGAUAUUACUCCCGUGCGUUGCCCUUCCAUUUGGGAGAGCAGCCUUUCCAACCUCGCCGGAAAGUCUGUUCCGGGACUCGUCCUGGCAAUUUAGUAAUUUCACUCCCUUCUCUCUGUGAUCACCUGCGGCCGUGAGCAAGAUAAUAUGAUAAAAAUAAAAUAAAACAAAAUAAAAGUGUGUACCGUCAGCACCGUGUUUGGCUCUUGCUUUAUGGGCUGAGCUGUCUAGGACGGAGAGAUGUAAACUACUAAGGUCCUAUUUGUUUGGGUUGGUUUUUUGGAUUUUUUUUUUUUAUCUGUUUUUGCCUUCUUGUGUGUUUUUAUUUAGGGGUCAGUUUGGUUGGUUGUUUGGUUGAGUGUAACUGUUAGUGAUUUGAUUUGUUUGGAGAUGGGUGGGACAACAUGGUUGUAUCCUAUCUAUUUUAUUUCGUGUUGGGAUUUUGUAAUAAAAUUAUCUUAUUUUA